GCGAAACGGAACUCUGCCUGGCAUGUCGCAUCCGCACACCCUCGUCCUUCACAUAUGGCCGGGACGCUGGGGUCUCAUAUCCGUGGACCCGGCCUGUCUAGCAGCCGCAUUGUACUUGCAACUCACUAUCCCCGGCGAGUUCUCUGUUGCAGAAUGCACGAACCCGGAUCUAUCUCCUAGUGGCAAACUGCCUUUUCUAACUGAUGGAAUGCACUCCGUCUCUCCCCUGGCAUCCAUCAUGAAGUUCGUCUCGUACCGGAGACUCGGCGAGUCACCCUCGGAGAGCGCUGACCAUAGGGUCAACGAUUUGGAUGCCAUCCUGAAUGUCCACGAGAGGGCGCAGAAGGCGGCGUGGUGCGCUCACAUAGAGUCGCAGCUUGGAGACCUUCUGGGCCAUGCAAUGUACGCCAUGCAAGUCAACUGGCGUGAGCUCGUCCACCCCACGUUUGCUAUGAUGCUGCCCGUACCUCAGCGCUAUUAUGUCCCAGGACGUCUGCGAGACACAUACAAGUCUCGCUUGGAAUCAUCUGACCUGUGGGAUGUUUCUGGCGAGGAGGUCGAGGAGAAGCCGAAAUUCGGCGAGAAAAAGAAGGAAGAACCAAAGGAGCACCAGUUCAAGCGAGUGUUCCAAAGGGACAAGAUAGUAGAGAAGGCCAGAGACAUUCUGGACAUCUAUGCGAGACUGCUCGGAGACAAGUCAUUCUUUUUCCAUGAUCGGCCAACGACUUUGGAUAUUGUGUUAGCCGCCCAUAUACUUCUUCUCAUCGAGCCACCCUAUCCAGACCCUCUUUUGAAGUCACUCGUGAACGAGUCCUACCCUCGCCUCGCCUCGCACGCCCGAUCCGUGUACUCGGCCGCUUUCCCCGUGAGCGAGUCUUAUCCACCUCUGGCUUCGUCUAGCCAAUCCUCGCUCCGAGCACUCCUUCCCUCGUUCAGUUGGAGUAGUGUCCGUCCUGCAUCAGCCCCGAAGAACACCAAAGAGGAUAGCAAGAUUGACUUGUGGACGCUGGGGUGGAUCGCUCUCGCUACUAUCGGUACCAUCGGGUUUUGGGCAGUCGCUGGACCAAGAAUCACGUUUGUGGUUGCAGUAGAUGAUGAGGACGAGGUAAACGAGUUGGAUGAGGCGGAAGAUGACGCACCGGAGAAUCCACCGAUAUCUGACGAUGAAGGAGGGGUAUCGUAAUGGGACAAUAUCGAUCUACGUAUAGCUUAUUACCUUCGAAUGUGAAUUUCAGCAUCCACAGUGGAUUUGACGGGUCGCGGCAGGACCCCCGAUAAUUGGUA